GCCCGCCCCGGCGUCCCGUCCAUAAUCCACCCCCGCCCCGUUAACACAACCCAGCCCCCUCCGCCGCCGCGCUCAGGCCCCUCCUGGCCGGUGCGUCCGCCGGGCCCGGUCCGUCGUCGGCGGGCGAAGAGGGAGGGUGCUCUGCUGAGCGGCGUCUGGCGGAGCCAACAGGCGGCGGGGAGGGGGGCGGGCGCUGCGGGGGUGUCGGGUUAGAGCGAGGCGUGACCCAGCUGACGGGCGCCGUGCGGAGCCGGGCGGCGGGCGCGGAGCCGGCGGGGGAGCAGCGGUAGACGGUUGGCGGCGGCGGCGCACGGCGUCGGUAGCGGUCGGCUCUGGCGCGGCGUCUCCUCCACCCCCUCGUGAGCCUGGGGAACCUGCAGCUCAAAGCCGCCGCCAGCCACACCACCAUGUACCCCGGCAACAAGCGGAAAAAGCUCUGGCGGGAGGAGAAAGAGCGUUUGCUGAAGAUGACCUUGGAAGAAAGACGCAAAGAGUACUUAAGGGAUUACAUUGCCUUGAAAACUAUUCCAACAUGGAUGGAAGACUUAAAAAGUGAAAACACUAAAGAAGAUCUGCAGGGGAAGAAAAGUCUGAGCGAGAAAGUUUCUCUCUAUAGAGGUGACAUUACACUGCUUGAGGUUGAUGCCAUCGUUAAUGCUGCCAAUUCCAGCCUUCUUGGAGGUGGGGGAGUGGAUGGCUGUAUACACAGAGCUGCUGGACCCUGCUUAGUUGCUGAAUGUCGCAACCUGAGUGGCUGUGAGACGGGGCAAGCCAAAAUUACGUGUGGAUAUGACCUACCUGCAAAAUAUGUGAUCCAUACUGUUGGGCCGAUUGCAAGAGGCCAUCUCACCGACGCUCAUAAAGAAAACUUGGCAAACUGCUAUAAAUCCUCUCUGAAACUGGCAAAAGAAAACAACAUCAGAUCAAUUGCAUUUCCCUGUAUUUCAACAGGAAUUUAUGGUUUUCCAAAUGAGCCUGCUGCUGUCAUUGCCCUUAACACUAUUAAGGAAUGGUUGAGCAAGAAUCAUAAUGAGGUGGAUCGUAUCAUCUUCUGCGUAUUUUUGGAGGUCGACUACAAAAUUUUCAAGAAGAAAAUGGGCGAGUUUUUCCCUCUAGAUGAUGCUAAUGAAGAAGGGGCUGAGCUGAGUGGAGAGACAGGAGGAUUGGAACAAAAAGGCCAGCCUCCAUCUCCCACAAAGAGCAAAGCAGAGCAGCCUGAGGACCUGAAAGAUGAUGCUGAAGGUGGUGAUGGCACAGAGGAGAAGCAAAACACUGAAGAAACCGAGGGCCAGAGCCGAGAAGCAGAUGAGACAAAACCUUCAGCUGUAGCCAGCCUAUCACCAGCAGAAGAAACAGAGCUGAGCGAGGAUAAAGAUUCCCUGAAAGACUCCAAAGGUGCACGGGAGAGUGACCCGGUGCAGCCUGUGGGGUGUGAACAAGAUCAAGCCCAAGGACAACAGGAUGUUUCUGCAGAGGAGGAGAUGAAGACUGGGGCAGACUCCCAAAGCUCCUGCAUGGAAAUAGAAGAGCCGUUGGUGAACCAAGAAGACAUGACGCAAGUUGAGAUACCUUUGAUUUGUGGUGCAGAGGAAAAAGAAGAAGGAAAAGAAGAAGGAGGGAAAGAGGAAACUUCUGUGGAGCCCAUGAAAGUUGACCUUGCGUGUGAAGCAGCAGACAUUUCAAAUAAGGAUGCUGAAAUGACUAGUCAAGUUGAAAGUAUAGAUGAUCCUACAGAAACAGAGCGGGAAGCUUAAGUAACAGGAAGGAUGCGGGAGAGGAGAGACCCGAGGACACCCGACGGGCAGGCACUGACAUCCUACGGCAUCAUUCUUGGCAGAAAAGAGCACGCAGAGAUGCUCCGCGGGUUGGGAGGGAGGGCGCUUUGGGGAAAUGACUCUUUGCUUUAAGUUCUCUUUGUUCUUCAUUGCAUUUCGUUCUGUAAGCCUGUUGGAAAGAAACAUAACUUCCCAGUUCUAACAAUGUUUUGCAAUUAUCCCUGCAAUUACAACAGUUUCUUCUGAACCGUGAGUCCCUGUCUUAUAUUGGGUCUCUUUAGCUCCUGCAUUGUAUCAUCAGUAGCCUGUUCCCAGGCCCCCACCCCUUUUCUGUCAUCUUUAUCUCUGUUCCCAGUUGUCUGCAGGCAACCUGUGGGAGCCAGUUUAUACUCCUCCUCCACCUUUUUUUUUCAAAACUGUUCCCCGGGUUAUAAAGGGAGAUUUGCUUCGAGAGCAUGGACUGCCACAAAGGAUUAUAAUCCGCGCACGCUGAUAAACCACCGCCCUCCUUGUGCUAGGCAUUUGGAAGACUAGAUACUCCAAAGUCUCACAAAUAUUGAUAGCGACAGCCCCGCAUGUUGCCUGCCUCCAGGCUUGUCGUUCGGUACCCCCUGCGAGCACCCGCCGGCAGGUCGCCGUGGCCGAACCCUGGCUGCUGGAAGAGGCACUGGCCAGAUUCCCUUGAGAGCAUGCUGGAAGCAGAGUUCGCGAGUUAACUCCAUCAUCCCGAUGCCUCAGCAUCAUCCGUGGCUCUGCCCUUCCCCUUUCUCUCUGGCCUGGGAAAGCUGUGCCAUGUCUCUCUUUGGGUCCUAUACACCAAAAUAACAGCUCUAGCACCCCGAAUCAGUCCUGCGCUUUUCCAGUUAGCUCCGCGCACCUCAAAAUCAGUGCCGUAAGUAUGACCUUUGGGUACAGGUAGGCAACAAAUAUUUCCUCAAGCCUGCGAGUGACAGAGGAUGACGGGCGCUCUGCAUUCAAGGCAUCUUUAAAUACGGCUCCCGGCUUUAACAACUUCACACCGUAUCUUGUGUGAGCCCUCAUUAUAUUCUCUACUGCAUAUGCAUGGUUUCUUUUUUUUUUAAUUUUUUUUUUUACAAAGCAAUUAACAGUUAUUCGGAUAAGAAUGUCUCACCAUAUGUCAAUUGUUCUGCCAGCAAAUGCUGCACUGAAAUUUUUUAGAAGAGGAACAAAAGGGUUUCACAUGCAUUUCCUAACCAUGUUGUAACUGAAACCGAUAGACAAUACACUCGAUGGAAGAGCACGCAACCUGUGUCCAGGGUGUGAUGUGCUACAAACUGUAUUUUAAAAUGCUGCUGAUAAUUGAUCAUUUAAAGCGAAGUAAUUGAUUCUUUUUUUUUUUUUUUUGCCCCCAAUUACGCACGAAUCCCAAAAUAGUUAUUCACUAGCUGUCCAAAAAAAAAAGGAAAAAGCAAGGUAAGGCAUAUCUCUAUCCUUCUGCCAUCUGGGUUUAUCCCAGCUAUAGAGUAGGUUUGGUGAUAAAUCACCCACUGACGUAACAGCGAGUCAAAUGUGGCCCUAACACGCCUAGCACUGGCCACAGCAGUUGAUGGCUGCCCUGAGCUGCAGGGUGAUUCAAAGGGGUGUCAGGACAAAUAAGGAUUGGUAAGGAAAACAAGAAAAGCCCCAGAUGUCACCCAGAGAGUACGGCCCCUAGAAAGGCAGCCCCCUGGCUCCCUAUGGGGGGGCUCCAGCAUGUUUGCUUGUGGUGGGAUCAGAAGAAUCAGAAUAUUUUCAUGUGCCAGCUCCUGUGGCAUUUUAACUCAGGAGACACUAGCACCGGAGAAGAUCUCAAGGAGCUUCUUCAUCACCUCUUUCUCCUGGAGAUCGGUGGAUGCGUAACUCUGAAUUGGAUCAACUGUGGAAGGAGCAAAUGAGCUGACGUAAGCCUAUGAAUUGGGUUCAUAAUAUUGAUAAGUCUACCUAAAUUUGCUAAAUACCACUCCUCUAGGCUUUGUUCUUCUCAGAGCACCCUUGAAGGGACUCCUUGUUCCCUUUGAGGUGUCUCUGCUGCUUUUCUUUCCCAUCCCUGGGCUCGUGCUUGACAGACCGUGUCGUUUGGGACGUGGUUUUAUUUUUUUUUCCUCUCCUGUUCCUUCACCUCGUUUCCAGCCGACUGCAGUUUUGCAGUGGAGGCCUUACAGGUAGUACCUCUACACGGUGCGCAUUCCCUAUGUUUUGGUUUUUUUUUUGAACUGGGUGAUUUUGAUUGAAAUCGCCUGUCAUAACAGAUGGAGGAGGAGUGGAGAAAAACCUUGGGAGGAAGAGGAAUUUGAACGCAUUAGGUGUCUCUUCUCUGUUUCCCCUUUGUGCGGUUGCUGUGAAAACACCAGGAUUGAAGGGCUCCCUCCGUCUAGCUAAGUGAGGGAACUGGCCCCGCAGGGUCGGUGAGCUCGGCUUAAAGGGGCCCUACAGGAGAGAAGGAGAGGGACUCUUUAUCCGGGAGUGUAGCCAUAGUACUAGGGGUAACAGUUUUAAACUGAAAGAAGGUAAAUUUAGAGUAGAUAUUAGGAAGAAACUGUGAGGAUGGUCAGACACUGGAACAGGUUGCCCAGGGAAGUUGUGGAUGCCCCAAACUAGAGGGGCAGGUUGGAUGGGGCUUUGAGGGACCUGGUCUAUGGGAGGUGUCCCUGUGCAUGGCAGUGGGGUUGGGACUAGGUGAUUUUUAAGGUCCCUUCCAACCCAAACCAUUCUGUGAUUCUGUGAAAUGUCAAGGAGACCUGAGGCGGCCAGGUCUUCAGCCAAAGUGAACCAUUCUCCGCUGAGCUGUGGUGACUUCAGCUGAUGGAGUAUCCAGUCCCCUGAAUCUAGCUCCGCUCUUGUUUCCAUCAUGCUCACCCACAGGCAACGUUAACGGAGCUGUAGGCUGCCAUGAUCUGUGUAUCGGUUGUUACUCUCGCCAUCGCCAGCCUCAGUUUUGGCGAGGGAGCCAAAGGGGGAGCCCCCAGGAGGCUGGCUGCCAAGGCGUGACAGUUCAGCAAGGAAACAAAGAUUCCUUAAACUCCUUGUGAAGACUGACCGAUAGUUUAAAAAAAAAAUAACCACAAAGGUGCAUCACAUUAGACACUCUCUAACCCCUGACAGUUAUUUCAUUGCACUUUUCAUUUAACCUUGGUCCUCAAACAGCAGUGGGUCUUUGAAACCGUGAACCAUUUUGCGAGGAUGCAGCGGCAAAGCGUGAAGCCCAGGUAGGAGAUGUAAAGCAAGGAACGUAGGAGUUGAUUAAGUCCUUACAAGACAAUUUGCAGCUGCGUCUUAUAUCCAUCUUUCUUCAGGUGGGUUUUUGUUCAAAUUGGGCGUUUUUACCAGUCACAAAGCGAGUAUAGUUUGGCAGCGUGAGGUCUUCAGCUGAAUUAGUAGUCGAGGUCGGACCCGUGUCCCUCGAUGCGGUCUCCACAGCUCUUGCCGGAGCUGUGGAAAUAUGGGGAGCUGGUUUUGUAGAAGAGCAAAUGUCAGAGCAAGAAUCACUCCGCAGGGAUUUGUGUCAAGGAUUUUGGUUUAAACCUGAAAGGCGUUUGCAGUGGGUGGCGUAAAGGGAGUAGCAGCCUUUUGGUGCUGGUGUUCGCAUACACAGUAUCGGGCUCUGCUUCUGUGUCUGAGAGACCACUCAUCCCUACCAUUAGGCACAAUGUUCCUCGGGGUGGUGGCUGCUCCGGUGACGAAUGGCUUUGCUUCCAUACAGACAUCCAAAGGGGAUAUCUGAGACAUAGUCUGUAACGAUGGGUCACGCGUUUGCUGCAGCUCAUUGUCAGUCUUUCUAUAAAGCACUGAGAAAGCCUCUCUGUGAAUUAACACCAUUCUGCUUUAGGCACUUGAAUAAAAAUAUAUUUAAAAAAGAAAAAAAGGAGACUUUUCUCUAUAUGCAGUGCAUGCCGGCUUUGCUUUUAAAAUGACAAACUUAACAGAGUACGUGGAUCUAUUUUCGUGGGGAAUAGGGUGUAUUAUCGCAGGAUUCGUCAAAGAUUUGCCUUACCAUAACAUCUGUGAUAUAAAGGAAUGUUUUAAAAAAAAAAAAUUAAAAAAUUUAAAAGGGUAACUUUCUUGAUCCAAAAAUAUGUUUUUACUGUGAUGCGAAGAAAUGUAGACUGUUGCUUGCAAAAUGUUUUCUCAUAGAUGGUCCAGCAGCUGUAUCGGUUAACACAUGCUCUUCUGUUACUCUGCCGUUUACAUGCUGAAUUUGCCUCCAAGUCUGUUAUUUUUCCUUUUGUCUGUGCCCUGCCUUGGAAAACUUCGAAUCGAUGCCUUCAUACUAUGAUGUUUGUUAAAGCAAAAUGUUAAUAAAGCUCAUCCUGAAGACAA